AAUAUAUUGACCCACGUCAUACAUGUUCAUGGGCGCCAGUAGCUACACGGGAACAUAACUGGGCUGACAAAUGACUCCAAAAAUUAGAGCACCUUAUAUUCCAGGAUUACCUGAAAAUAAUGAGUUACUCAAGCAGUCCGCCACCUACGCCGCCUACAGUAAAGGAGCGUAAGCUAAGUCUGCUGGUUGAACCGGUGUCGCAUAAGGACUACGACAGACUGAACUCUGAAAACUCCAACGACUUACAGACCAUCUUAUCCAGAAACAAUGAUUUGAUCAAAAGAAACGCCAAGGCCUUCAGAAAUCUGACUGAAGCUUUGAAAUCUGGAGACGAUGAUACCACCACGUCCAGAGCCUCAUUCCUCUCUGGCGUCAGGAGACAGUUUAAGGUACCCACAGAAGUGAGGUGUUCAAUAUUACAGAUCCUGAAUCUGAACAUCCCCGAGCAACAGUUUGAAGCGGAGAUACUGUUGGAGGCUCGCUGGAGGGAUGCCGCUUUCCGGGGACUACGGGACACAGAGUUUGCCACAGUGGAUUUUGAACGAUACUGGAACCCGAAGUUAAUCAUUGCUAACGUCAAAGGGGAUUUGGACUAUGAUUCGGUGUUCCAGUUAAUCAUUCCAUCCCACGUGGUGGCAGAGGACCCCACGGUGGUCAUGCUGAGGAAAUGUAAAGGAAGAUUCCACCAUAAGUUUAACCUGCAGCAGUACCCUUUUGACACACAGGAACUAAGUAUACGAGUGACGUCAGCCCGAUCCACCAAUGAGAUUGACCUGCGGGAGAGCAAGGUUCGGACGAGUAUGAUCCAUCUGGAGUCUGUACAGAUCAGAGGGGACUGGCACGUCUACAGUCACAUCGAUGUCACCAAGGAUUGUGUCUCAGAACUGUCACGAAGGAUUGUCACCAAACCAGUCUUAACUUUCCGCUGCUAUGUGUCACGGAGAUUAGGUUAUCUGUGGUGGAAUGUCUUCUUGGAAGUGUUUAUGAUCGGGCUUAUGUCAUUCCUAACAAUGGCCAUGCCUCCCGAUUCGUCCGAACGCCUUCUUGCCGACUUGCUAUUGGUGAUAACAUUACUGGUGUUUCGCUACAAGUCUGCUCAGACAAGUGAAAAGGUCUCCUUCUUAUCCUACCUGGAUAUUUACACCAUUGCCACGUUAAUGUACCUUCUGUUGGUGUGUCUAAUGAACGCGGUCACAGCAGUGGUUGUCAGGGAACAUGGCGGCAGCAUGGACAUGUCACCAGACGGUGCUGUCAUCGUCGUCAUGGCUUGCCUUUACUUCGGUUUCCAUGGUAUCAUCUUUGGUUACAUCUUCAUUACGGUGUACAGAACUCGAAUUGUUGUUUCCAGGAAAGAAGAGGAAUAUAGGUCUCGAUUAGCGCAGCAGUUUUCCGCCGGUUCACCUGACAUAUCCUUUGGCCAGUGGGAACACGGGAUCAACGACUCUUUCACCAAUCACGACACGUCAAUGUUAUACUGAUCCGGUUGCCAUAGUGACCGUGCUUCUGGUGCCUUUUUUCAAAAUGGCCUUCUUGCCUCAAAACGGACAAUGCAACAAACUGACUUAACACAGAGACUUGUAUAUGCAUCCAGUUAACGUAUUGUAAAUAAUGCAGUCGCCUUUAAUUCCACAUAAAUUCACAUUCGAAAGUCACAAAUUUUGGAUUGUAAGAAACAAAAGCCUGCAGCUCAUUUGGAUGACGUAGUCAUUUGCAAAUAUAUAUGUAUAUGUAUUGCAUGAAACAGAAUAUGACAGUGAAAUAUUGUAUAUACAUGAAUGAAGCUCAAAAGAAUUUUUUUGUGCAGCUGCUUUACAAUGUAAUCAAUAAGAAAUUACCAGUGUAGGUCGUUUGGAACCCAAGCAGGUUUUACUUAUCUAACCAGAUGAUUCUAUUUAAAGCCUCAUUUUUCACUAAAUAGUAGUAACAAAUUUUCAUGUUUAAAACUGUUAGAAAAGCACAGAAAUUGUUUUAAUACUGAAGCAUUUCAAGGCUUCCAUGCUGACGUUUUUAACAUGUGUGUUUCUCUACAGAUUCAUUCGAAGGUCAUGACCUUCCUGUCUUCCACGAUAUACCCAGAGAAUCUCAAAGUAGAGAACAGCCAUUACUUAAUCCAAGAUUAUAGUUCACAUUGUGCCAUAGUUUGGAGCGGUCACUUGCUUCAUCAUAUUACUGUAUUGUGGAUUAUUUAGAUUAUUGUUUAAAAAUUGCUGCUAGUCGAAAAUUUUGCAAUUUUUAUUGUUGUUGUAAAUCUUUUUUAUACAGAAUUUGCAGCGAAAUAUAACAAUAUAUUUAUUUUAAUUUACAUAUAUUAUUGUAUAGGGCCUGUCUUAAACCGAAAUGGCUGCAAGCAUGGAUGUGUUGUAAACAGCAUGGCUGUUUGCAUGAAUGUUCCGGCAUAUUUUGAUUUUUAUAUCACUGGAAGAUUGGGUCACAGAGAAAUCGGAAAGAAUGGAACUAACGGGACAAAAAGUUAUUUAUAAGUACAGACUGUAGGCCUAUAGGCCUAUAAUCCACCUUUUAUCUAGCAUUUCAAAGUUGUUUGGAUCACACUAAAUGGAACUGAAUUACAAGGAGUAUUUUGAAAAACUGUCAUAACAAAUGAUAAGACGAUCCCAAUAUAGGCUAAUCUUGUUUCUGUACUGGGAUGAUCAUGCACAUGCACAUAAACGGUUGCUUACAUUACCAUAACAAACGAUCCCUAUAUAGGCUACUCUUGUGUCGUUCACAUUACCAUAACAAACGAUCCCUACAUAGGCUACUCUUGUGUUGUUACAUUACCAUAACAAACGAUCCCUAUAUAGGCUACUCUUGUGUCAUUCACAUUACCAUAAAAACGAUCCCUAUAUAGGAUACUCUUGUGUUGUUUACAUUACCAUAGCAAACGAUCCCUACAUAGGCUACUCUUGUGUUGUUACAUUACUAUAACAAACGAUCCCUAUAUAGGCUACUCUUGUGUUGUUUACAUUACCAUAACAAACGAUCCCUAUAUAGGCUACUCUUGUGUUGUUUACAUUACCAUAGCAAACGAUCCCUAUAUAUGCUACUCUUGUGUUGUUACAUGACCAUAACAAACGAUCCCUAUAUAGGCUACUCUUGUGUUGUUUACAUUACCAUAACAACCAAUCCCUAUAUAGGCUACUCUUGUGUUGUUUACAUUACCAUAACAAACGAUCCCUACAUAGGCUACUCUUGUGUUGUUUACAUUACCAUAACAAACGAUCCCUAUAUAGGCUACUCUUGUGUUGUUACAUUACCGUAACAAACGAUCCCUAUAUAGGCUACUCUUGUGUUGUUUACACUACCAUAACAAACGAUCCCUAUAUAGGCUACUCUUGUGUUGUUUAUAUUACCAUAACAAACGAUCCCUAUAUAGGCUACUCUUGUGUUGUUUACAUUACCA